GUGGCGUAAAUCUGAGGAAAGCUUGAGGAGGCAACAAUGGGACUGUGUAUGUUUCAGACUGGAUGGCUAGGUUAGCUAGCCUGCCAGGAGCCUGGGCAGUCAGCUGGCACACUCACUGUACACUAUUAUGAUGAUGAUGACUACAGGUGUGUCGUUGCGAAGGGGGAUUUUGUGCAGGUUGUUGGCUGGUGGCAGUGUGUGCAUGCUCUGCAGGUGUGUUAUUUUGUAUUUUGACAGCGGAUAUUGUGUGUAUCUGAGAGAAAUGUGCAGAAAACAUGCAGGUUUGGAGCUACUGUACUGGUCCACUGUAUUGUCUGUAUAUCUAGUGGAAAUCUGCACUGCUGAAAUGUCAUUUUUAAGUGUAAAUAUAUUUAUUUAAGCACCAAUUCUUGCGCAAAGCUGCUGAUUAAACCUGGGCUUGUGUUGUUGAGCUGUUUUUGCAUUAUUACAACAAGCAGUGAGGAUUAAGCAGCCUGCCAAACCAUCAUCAUGCUUAUGUCUUCAUCAUGCAUGAUAUUUCUGUAAUGAUAAGUUGCUCUACUGGUAGAAACCAGCAGCGGGUGAAGUUGGAAGUGUGCUCAUCUCAUGCUGUUGAAAGUAUAAAGUUGUCUCCCACUGCUUGUGUCCGAUACUCAUUAGUACAUGCAUGCGUAUAUCCAAAUUUAGUCUUCACACUGUGAUACAGAUGUGGUGCACGCUCCCUCCUCGCCAGCAGCGCGUCUGCAAAUAGCACCGGCAGAGGAAAAGUGUUUCCACCUGCAAAGGCAAGUGUUAAAGGUGAUAACAAAAGGUUGACGUCACCGGGCUCGUCCUGAUCCUGCCGCACAACCUCGACCACUGAGGAGGAGGAGUGCAGGAGGAGUAGUUUCAGAGGAGGAGAGCAGCUUUUUUUAUGUUGCCAUGAUGAUUCGUGUCUGGAAGGAAAGAGGUUUAUCUCUGAUCAGAUUUCGGGUAACCUAAGGGCACACUUAACUAAUGGGAUCCUAUCGAUGUUUCUCCCCCCUCCGAGCCUGAUCUUUACACGGCGGAAUGUUAAUGUUGCCACAGCCUGUCCGUGUUGUCUUUGGCUGCUCUGGCUUUUAUUGUUGUAGUCGGUCUAUAAUGUCAUGGAGCUUUGACGGAUAUGAUUAUAAAACACCCGCAGUAAAGCAACACUCCUGUGACUGACUGGACUAUGGAAGUGAUCGGGUUUACUCUGCUGUAGAUGUGUGAGGAAGUGUGUGUCCCAUGUUGCAUUAGUGUCUGUGUGAAAUGCUGGCCUGUCUGCCAGGGCCAGGUGACCUCCCCCUCCAGCUUCUCCCCCACACGCAGAUGAACACUGGACAUCAGAAAUGGGACACCACACAAAGGAUGAGAUCCGCUCCGUUUCCAACCCCUGCAGAAUUGGACGCAUAUGCUAAGAAGGUUGCCAACAACCCCCUCACCAUCAAGAUCUUCCCCAACAGCGUCAAGGUCCCCCAGCGAAACCACGUGCGCCGAACUGUCAACGGGCUGGAUACGUCAGGCCAGCGCUACAGCCCUUAUCCCUCUUCUCAGGCCAGCGCCAAGGCAGGCCUCCUCGCCAUCAUCAAGGUGCCCACAGUCAAAGGCAUCCUUAAAGAUUUUGACGGCAGCCGGGCUCGCUUGCACCCUGAAGUCAUCAUGAACCCCCCCGCCGGACCGUACCAAGUGGCUUCGACCAGCACUUUAAACCACCACCCACCUCUGCCGAACCUCACCCGGCUGCAGCAGAGCUUGCCGCUUCAACCACAGGACCCACCUCAGACUCUACAGAUGCCCCUUCCUCAGCAGCAGGGUCACACCCAGAGCCUCAGACACCCUCCCCCCAUGGCCCAGCACCCUCAGGGCCCACCCAGACUCCAGACUCUGUCUCAGCACCCAGCCCUCGGCCACCCACAGGGGCCCCCUGCCAUCAUGCUUCAGCAGCAGCACCUUCAGCAGCAGCCACCACCUGGCCUGCAGGGGAGCAGGAAGCUGCCAGAUGGCGACGCACCGCCUAAUGUUACCGUCUCUACCUCAACCAUUCCACUCUCCAUGGCCGCUGGGCUGCACCAGGGCCGCCAGGCUGACCUGAGCACCAUCGUGCACCAGAUCAACCAGUUCUGCCAAGCUCGGGCCCAGGGUGCAGGAGCCACCUCCAUGUGUGAGGGCCAGAUCGCCAACCCCAGCCCCAUCAGUCGCAACCUGCUCAUCAGCGCUUGCUCCAGGGUGUCCAUGCACAGCAACCCCGCCACCCCCGGCUUUCCCCCGCCCAACUGCAUCAUCGGCCCUCAAGAGAAAGCCACCGCCCCGGUGGGAGCUCACCCGCCACACAGCGUGGCUAUUAUGAACCACUUGCCUUCCAACCACACUGAUCUCAAGCAGCAGCACCACCUGCAGCAGCAUCUGCACCAACAACAGAAUCAGCAGCAACAGCAGCUGCAACAUAACACACAGCAGCAGAAGAUGCGCUCUUGGAAUCAGCACCAGUUGGCUCAUGUACCCCACGUUCAGAACGGUGGGAGCCACCUCUGCAAGCAGCCUUCCAGGGACCCCGCCUUCCAUUUUAAGGGCAUGGGCUACCCUGCAGAGGUGUGUGUGGGUCAGCCUUACACACUCAAACCUCCCGUAGAGAGGCCCACCCCCUCUCCCCCCGUCAACAACGGCAUGCCCGGCCCCAUGGCCCACUACACUAAUGGUCACUACUUCCAGUCCCACAUUUGGAACAGCAGCAUCCUCCCCACACCCAAUAGUGACAGCUCCGGGUCUCAGGACAUAGCCAUGCCAUUCCACGGUGCGGGCCCAGGGGGGUGCACCACGCUAGACUGUGGGCCCCCUGGGGCUCCCCAUUACAGGCUAGGAGUGAGCUCCUCCACCUCAUCCUCCUCCUCCGCCCAGACUAAUCUGAUGCAAACGGCAGAUUACUUGGGUGGGGACUUCCAGACGCCCUACUUCCGCGAUCAGAAUCUAGGGUUGAUGGGCAAGAUGCACAGGCCUCCUCUGAGCAGGGGAGGUCCAGAGGUUGGGGAUGGCAGAACCGCUCUCAUCCAGCACCCAGGGUACAGAUAAGCUAUGGCCUUGUCUCCACAACAGUUAUCAAAACCCCUUUGUUUAGUCUUAAGAAAGGAAACACAUGAAUAAAACUAAAUUGAUAACUUAAACAAAUGACCGCUAAUGUUAAAGAGGGUAAAUUAAU